AUUCUCUUCAAACUUCCGGCGUGAAAGGGACCACAAGACAAACGAUAAGAUCACCAGAAAAUGGGACGUAGAAAGAAGGCAAAUAAGCCCCCUCCCAAACGGAAGAUAUUAGAGAAGUUGGAUACCAUGUUUAACUGCCCAUUUUGUAAUCACGAAAAGUCCUGUGAAGUGAAUUUAGAUCGAGCAAGGAAUGUGGGAGUUAUAACUUGCAAUGUUUGUCUUGAAGAUUUUCAGACCACAAUUAAUUAUCUUUCAGAGGCAGUUGAUGUGUACAGUGAUUGGAUCGAUGCAUGUGAACAGGCCAACCAAUAGCAUAGACUCUCAUCACAAAUACAAUUUGUGAUGAGGCUUUUUUUUAUUUCCACAUUCUACUCAGUAGACACAUGGUAAUGUCAUUUGCUUCUUUUCAUGAAAUUGGAAGGAGCCUGGAGCUAGUCACUGAGAAUCUUAUCUUCACAAUA